AUGAUGCAAGUUGGCACAAACCAAUCGACUACAUAUCAUAGUCAACCAUCAUUAACUACAUCAGGUGGACAGGCAAGUCGUUCAUCAUCAACAUCUCGUCAACAACAACAACAACAAUCUCAAUAUGAUAGUGAACAAUUAGCAAAUAUUCGUCCUCGUUUAUGUGUUUUACGUAAAUGGCCUCAUUAUGACGGUUAUGGUGUUCAUUUAGCUCGUAAUCAACAUUGGCUUGGUUUACGUAUUGGUGAUGUUGAACCAAAUAGCCCGGCUGAAAGUGGUGGUCUUUUACGUGAAGAUGUAGUUCUUGCUGUGAAUGGUCAUUCAGUUGAAAAUGAUGAUUUUUUUGUUAUACUUUCAUUUAUUCAACGUGAACUUGAAGAUGAUCAAAUUCGAUUUUUAGUACUUGAUCCACAUAGUGCAGAUUUAGCUCGACGUCAUCAUUUAAAUAUUGAUGAAAAUUAUCGAACAUGUGUUCGAAUGGAAACACCAACAGUAACUGUAAGUGCAGAAAAACUUCUCUAUGAUCAAUGGCGUACAACAAAUAAUAAUGAUCCAACAGUGGCACAAAAUACAAUACAUCUUGGACCAACAUUAUCAUUAAAUCAAAAUCAAUCGAAUUUAACAAAUCAACGACUUCAAGAAAAAUCAUCACAUCAAGGAACUGAGGUUUAUACGUUUUUACCAUAUUCAGAUUAUGCGGUUGAGAACGGCAAGUCAUUUUUUGAUAUUCUCUUCGAACAAGAAAAUAAAUCAUCGUCAACCAGACAACAACAGCAUUCACAAAAUACUAUAAAAUAUUCUCCUACUACAGGUGAUACCGGUGAUGAUAAUGAUAAUGAAAACAAACACCGCAGUAGUAAUAUCACAGAAAAUGUUAAAGGUUUUGUUAAGUCAGGCAUUGGAAGUCUUAAAAACCUUUUACCAACAAAACAUCAUGAUGAUAAAGAUGAAUAUGAUAAUAUUGAUUCUAAACGUAAAAGUAGCAGCGGAUCAAUUGAUAUCUCACCUCGUGGUGAUGAAUCUCCAUCAUUUAUUGACAAACUUAGAAAUAAAUUUAAACUUACAAGCAGUUCUUCAGAUCCUACUGUUGUUCAAGAAAAGCCACCACAGCCAUAUGAACGUUUAUGGCAAGCUUCAUCUAAGUUAGAGGAGACAAAUGACGAUUUAAGAUCAGAACCACGUAUGUGUUCAAUGACACUUCGACCAGGUAUAGAUACAAUUGGAAUAUCAUUAAAACAGGAUAAAGACUUUGGUCAUAUUAUUAAACAAGUUGAAGCAGAUUCUUUAGCUGAUCGUGCUGGUAUUGAACGAGAUGAUUGUAUUGUAUCACUUAAUGAUAUACCACUUCUUAAUAUUCCAUACGAUGAGGUUUUAAAUGUUCUUAAACAGAGUCGUAAUGAACGAAAUCUUGAUUUUCUUGUUGCAAAAAAAUCUCAUUUACUGAAAUCACGUCAAAAUAACGCAACAUUAGAUAACAUUCAACAAGAUACAUCUGACAAAUAUCAUGAUACAACAGUAAAUACAAUUGCUCAAGUUAUGCCAUCAUCAAAUAUAUCUGAACGAGAUAUUUCAUCAAGUACAGGUGCAGCACAAACAUUAGAACAACUUUAUAAUAAAUAUAAUAAUGAACGACAAUCAUCAUUUGAUGAUCAAACAAAGUCUACUCGACCAAGAGAAACAGUUUCAACGACAACAAAUGAACGAUAUGAUCGAGUUUCACCAACAUUAGAUGAUGAUCGAUAUUUAUCGAAACAACAACAACAACAACAACAAGGACAAAUUUUACAAGGUGUUGGUCCAGCUACAGCUGAUCGAUCAUCAUGGGGUGUAUCAAGUGGAAAAUCAACUGAUCUACCAGCAGCAAUUAGUGGCGAUUCAUCAAUUCGUUCAAAUACACAGGGUCGACGAACAGAUGUAGAUGAUACAAAAGGACGUAGUCCAUUAGAAGAUGCUUUUAAACCUUUACAAGUUGGUAUUACCAAUCAAACACCAACACAACAAACAGGUAGUAUCUCACCGACUACGAUUCCAAGUAUUCUUCCUGGUGAUGGAUAUCGUACAUCACGACCAACAUCAUCAAUUGAACAACGAGAUAUUUCACCUAAACGUUUACCAAGUCCAGAUAGAGCAGCAACAAGUACACGUGGUGAUAUAAAUUCAUCAUCACGACAAAAUCAAACUAUUCAAAAUCUUCAAACUACUACACCCAUUAUACCUGGUGAAGCAUCAUCUACAGUACCUGAUUAUAAACAAAAAAGUUCUCAAACAACUCCAUCAACUCAAUCUGAUCUUCGUUUAGAUUCUACGAAGGCAACUAAUGCUCCGAGUAAACCUAUCAAAACCAAUACAUCUAUGACUAUGUACGAUGAUACGGAUGAGGAUGAUGAUUUAUCUGAUAUAUCAGAAAGAUCUCGUGAAGAAGAUACUUCCGAUUCUAUUGUGAAUAAAAAUCUACAAACCAAGAUUAGUGAAACUUCAUAUGACAAAAGAGAUGCACCAUAUUCUGAAUCAUUAAAAACAUCUACAUCGGAUCGUUAUUCACCAGAAAUUGCAUCUGGUGAUGAAGAUGAAUCAUUGGCUAUUCGUAAACAAGAUCUUAAUAAUAAACAAUCAUUAGCAUCAACAAUAUCGGAUGCUGAUGACCUACCAAAUGUACCAUCAUAUAUAACUGGAAGACCACCUGUACAAGUUCGUCGUCAAGAACAAUCUGAUAGUGAAGAUACAGCGUCAGGUGCUGAUUCUCAUACUCAAAAACGAUCUAAUGCAGAUAUAUUUUAUUCACCUGAUGAAUCUGUUGGUGAUGAAAAUGAAGUUGAUGAACAACACCAAAAAUCUUGGCGAUCACCUGUACAACAUAGAGUCAUUCAAGUUCAAUCUUCGGAUAAUAAACAAGAUGAUAGCGAAGAGGAUGAUCGCGAUGAUGACAAGGAUUCCACUAGAUCAAUUUCAUCUGAAAGUGAAAAAACACCUAUACAAUCAGGAAAAAUGGCGUUGGCUACAAUGCCUUUAUCAGAACUAAAAGAACAUGGUUAUGAAUUUCAUAAUAUACAAUUAAUGCAACCAACUGAAACAAGUCCUGUCGGUCUUAAAUUAACUAAACAACAAGAUCCAUUACAAUAUGUCAUCACAGCUGUUGCUAAAGGAACAAAAGCUGAUUUAGCUGGUCUUAAAGUUAAUGAUUGGCUUAUUAAAAUAGAAGAUAAUGAUAUACGUUUAGUUGAAUUUUCUGAAGUUUCACAAGAUAUUCGUCAAUUAUUAACUAAUGCUGGCUUAAUUAAUAUGGUCGUAGCAAGAAAAAAAACAUCAUCACCAACAAUUCAGCAAUCUGAUAAAGAUCAAACAACAAUAUCAUCAUCAAGAUCAGAAUCAAUUAAUCGUCAACAAGGAGGUCAAAAUCCACCAUCAUUAUUCACUCCUGAUAUAACACUUAAUACACCGAAUAUUAGUCAAGUUCGUUUUGAACCUGAUCAAUCGACAAGUCCAUCAACGGUACGUUCACCAACGUCUACUCGUGAAACAAAUAUUAAUGCACCUGGUGGUCCAUGGACAGUUGGUUUAACAAAUCCAAUAUCCGAUGAAAAUCUAACAAGAUCGCCACGUUCACAAAGUCGUUCACCAAGUCAUUCACCAACACGUGAAAAUACAUUUAAUCAACAAGAAAAAAAACCAUUACCUAAACAACCAUCAGAAGAGUAUGAUGAAAACGAUAUUCGUCAUAUUGUAUUAAAAGAAGCGUUAGGAUUAGAUUUUAAUUCAUUUAUACCAGAAGGUGAUAGUCAAGUUCAAACACAUUUUAUAAGUAAUGUACAACCAUUAUCAAUGGCUGAUAAAGCUGGUUUACGUGAUGGUGAUCGCAUAUUAACAGUUAAUGGUGUUGAUGUAACAAAUUCUAUACAUGAAGAUGUUCGUCGAAUGAUGCAAACAAAAAAACCUUUACAAUUAACAGUUGUGAAUGAUCCUAAAUAUUUAGAAUUAAUUGAAAAUGUUAAACGUAAUCAAAAUAAAACAGAAACUACACGAGAAAAAAAGAGUUCACCACCACCCGAUUAUGAAUCCGUUGAACAAUCAAAACAAGGUUCAACUAGCCGUUCUCGUUCACCAGUAAAACAGAUUUCAAGUGAUUCAAUGGAAGAUGUGAAGGAUUCUCGUUCGAAAUCUGUGUCACCAAAACCAACCAAUGAUGAUUUAUCAAAACAUCUUCGUAUUUUAUUUACUGAUGAUAGAGGUUCUGUUAAAAUAAAACAUUGUAUUUUAAAAAAAGAUCCAACGUAUAAUGGUUAUGGUCUUGUAUUACGUUAUCAAAAUGGUCUUCAUUUAAUUGAUCAAGUGGAAGAAGGUUCACCGGCUUUUACUGCUGGUCUACGUGAAGAUGAUAUUAUUUUAUUUGUUGAUAAAAAAAAUGUUGAAUUAUUAACACAUGAUGAUGUUAAAAUACUUAUACGAAAAUUAUCCUUAUCGAAUACUAAUAUUGAUUUAAUAUUAAUUAAAAAAAAUGAUGUAUCACGAUAUAAAAAAUAUCAAGAAAAAGAUUCUAUUGAUUGGAAACCAAUAUUAGAUGAUCAGUCAAAUAAUGAAACAAUACAAACUGAACAAUCAACAUUUAACGCUAAUCGUUCAUCAUAUGAUCAAUCAAAUACUUCACGUAAAUCUUCUUCGUCAUCUAAUAAACAAAUAGCACCAGCUCCACCAACAUCCUCUACAAGUCAAUUGACAUCAUCAUCUGGUACUCGUGUUUGUAUUUUACAACCAUCUGCUGAUCGUACAGCUGGUUUUGCACUUAGUGGUAAAACUCCUCCACCAUAUAUUAUUUGUCAAGUUGAAAAAAAUUCUCCAGCUGAUCAAGCUGGUUUGCUUGUUAAUGAUGUACUUAUAUCAAUUAAUGGAAAAUCAGUAACUGAAACCAGUUAUGACGAAACCGUUAAAUUAGUUAAAGAAGCACUUCAAAAAAAAAAUGUUGAACUUGUUGUUCGUGAGCAAUCAUCUCAAUUAGAUGACAGUACAAAAAAUCAAGACCGAACAAAAUUUUCCUUGGGUAGUAUUGGUAGCAGUAAUGCAGGAAAUAAAGAUAGUAUUGGAGGAGAACCAAGUCAACAAGGUGCUAAUGCUGUUGAAGAAUAUCAAAAUCGAGCCAUGUCCUCCUCCUCUGUCGACGGCAGCAGCAGCGCUACUACGAAGAAUUUAGACACGGGGCAACAGCGAAAUAAAGAAUUAUCAUAUACGUUACGUCUUUGUCAUUUACAUGCUACUAAUGCUGAUGGUACACAAGCUGCUACAUUUGGUUUUGAAUUAAGUGAAGAUCCUGAUUAUGAAUAUCCAAUCAUAUUACGUGUAGAACCACAAUCACCAGCUGAAGGUGCUGGUUUACAAUCACGUGACGUAUUAUUAAAAAUUAAUGAACGUAAAACAAAAGGUUUAGGUUAUGAUAAAGUUAGAAAAGAAAUUGAAAAAGCUAAACGUGAUGGACGAUUAGAAAUGCUUGUCGUUGAUCAAGAAACAUUUGAUUAUUGUCAACGAAUGAAGAAACCAUUAAAAGAGCCUGAAAUGAAAGUGAAACAUAUUUUUCCAAAAAGUAGGUCAUCAGCAAGUUUUCAUAAAUUACCUGUUGCUGCCAUAGCAGCAGGAACAUCUUCAAAUUCGACAGAAGAUAGUGCAGAACAGUUAUAUAAUAGUAAUACAAAAUCGAAUAAUGAUAGUAUGCCAUCUACUCAUAAUUCGUCACUUGGUUAUCGUCUCUCGACACCAAAGGAAACUGAUUCUGAGAAUGAAGAAAAUAAUAAACAAGAUUCACCUAAACAAAAAUCACCACCUGCUAUUGCCUCACAAGCCAGAACAGCACGCAAUUCACAUCCAACAGUUAGUUUUGAUUUAUCUACACCACCUAAUACACUUGCUCAUACUUCUGCUCGUUCUCACGAAUCACCAUUAAAAUUUUUUGAUCCUGCACAUAAGACAUCUGAACAAAUGGGUACUUCUGCCACUGUUGAUGAAAAUGUGCUUAAUGCAUCACGUUCGACAGCAUCAUCACAACAAACAUCAACUAAAGAAUCAAAACCAUCGAAGGCAAAAGCUAUACCAAAUGCAAUUAAUAAUUUAUUUCACAAAAUUGGACAUCCAAAAUCAUCAAAACUUGACUAUGAUGCUCCUCCAAAAGCAAAAGUUAGUUCAAAAACACGUGCUCCUUCUCCACCAACUGUCCGUGUCGGACAUAAUCGAUUAGAAGUACCACGCGUUUCACAAUCACUUGAUACAGUUGCUAAUAACACAACAACUGUACCUGUUUCAACAAUUCAUGAUACAGUUCGUUCAACAAUAUCAACUGGAUCAUUUGACUAUCUUCGAGGUCCUCGUCGUUGUGUACUCAAAGUAGAUCGUAAUAAAGGUCUUGGCUUUGUUCUUAGUGCCACCGGUGAUUACGAUCAUACAAUUACAGCUGUUGAAAAAUAUUCAGCAGCUGAUGUCGCUGGCUUACAAGUUAAUGAUGAAGUAUUAGAAGUCGAUGGUGUCGAUGUAAGAAAUGUUAAAUAUGAGCAAGUAGUUGACAUGCUUGUCUCUGCAAUGAGAACGAAUGAAACAAUUGAAAUGCGUGUUGUUGAUGGAUCUGCUCGUGAUGUUUAUACAUCAACAACGGAUGCUGAUAAACAGGCAAAUCCCAAUAGUUUAUUAAAUAGCAAUAACAAUAACAAUAAUACAGUAACAACAACAACAACAGCGAUUCAUUCACAAAAUACAACAGGUGUUUCGGGUGAUGAUUUAUCUGAUAUAAAUAGUUCAGUAAGUCCAUUUGAUAGUCUUAAUCUACAAAAAAUUGCUACGAGUUAUCCAAAUUUACCUGGACAAUUGAAACACCUUGAUAAUGUUACAAAUCGUGCUCUUAGUGGAAGUGUACCUGCGCUUUCUACAGGAAUUACGGCGUCUCCAACUAGAAUUCAUCUAGCAAAACAUAUUUCACCUUCAUCCGAAAAAGGUUCAAUAAAUAAAUUAUCAGAUAUUUUAACACAAGAUGCACCGGUUGCACGUCUUUGUCGUAUUCGAAAAUUUGCAACAUCACCAUUUUAUGGCUUUUUCUUAUGUGGUGAUCCAAAAAAAAAUGGUCGAGUAUUCAUUUCUGAUGUAACAAAACAUUCACCAGCAGCAGUUUGUGGGUUACGAGAUGGUGAUCGUAUCAUUGAAAUAAAUGGUUCGAUUGUUAAUGGAUUAACAUAUGAAACGAUCUUAGAUAAAAUAAAACAUCAUAUGGGACGUGAUGAUCUUGAAUUACUUGUACUUGAUAAAAAAUCUGUUCAAUGGUAUCGUGAAAGAAAUUAUCCAAUAACAUCACGAACAUUACCAACUAUUGUUCAUAUUGAACCAAUUAUUAAUGAUACAAAUUCAGAAACACAAUCUUCAGAAGUACCAGCUACGCAUACUAAAUUGGUUGGAUUUGCAGAUCGACGAGUAUCAAAAACGGGUCUUUGA